GCCAUGCAAAGUUGCCGUUUCAAGCAUUGGCCAUUUGGGGUAAAAAACGCUCUUUUCUUUCUCUCUCUUUCUCUCUAUAGCCCCUUUAUCUUCUCCGCCAAUUUUUCUAUCCCUCUUUCCUAAGUAAUGCAGAACAAAUAAACCCUCAUAGGCCAAAAGGGUUGCUGCUAUUUCACCACUUUAUUCACACAAAUAAAGGAAACAUUUUUAUUUUCUCUCUUUUCUGUUUUUUGAUCAUUUGGGUUUUCUGGGUUUUAUCAAUCAAGAAAUGGGUAGGGGGAAAAUUGAGAUUAAAAGAAUUGAAAAUUCUAAUAGCAGACAAGUUACAUUUUCAAAGAGAAGAACUGGCUUGUUGAAGAAGGCUCAGGAGCUUGCUAUUCUUUGUGAUGCUGAGGUUGCUGUUAUCAUUUUCUCUAACACAGGCAAACUUUUUGAGUUUUCUAGUUCUGGUAUGAAGAGAACACUUUCAAGAUACAACAAAUGCACGGAUUCUUCAGAGAGUGCAUCAGUGGAAUAUAAAGCUGAGUGUUUUCUUCAGAAGGAAGAUUCUAAGAUGGUGGAGAUUCUUAAAGAUGAAGUUGCAAAACUAGAAACAAAUCAAUUACGGCUGUUGGGAAAGGACUUAGCAGGAUUGGGAUUAAAGGAACUGCAACUUCUAGAGCAGCAAAUUAACGAAGCGUUAUCAUCCGUGAAGGAGAAGAAGGAAGAAUUACUUAUGAAGCAACUGGAGCAGUCUAGGAUACAGGAGCAGAAGGCUAUGCUGGAGAAUGAAACUUUGCGCAGACAGGUUGAGGAGCUUCGGUGCUUGUUUCCGAUUACUGAACAUGUGAUUCCAAAUUAUCUUCAGUAUCACCAUCUGGAAAGAAAUAAUUCCUUUGUAGAUAAUGGUGUUAAAUGUCCCAGCUUGGCAAGAAGCUGCUCAAACGACAGAGGAGAUUCAGACACCACAUUGCAUUUAGGGUUACCAACUGAUGUUCAUCACAAGAGGAAGAGUCCUGAGAAAAAAACCUUUUCGAAUGAUUCAUAGAGUCAGAUGGCUUUACUGAUCCGUUCUGUUGAAAGUUUGAAUGAGACUAAUUUAGUGCAGGUGUAGUUGUGCACAGUGUCAGUUUAGAUGACAUUGGAAAUGUAGGAUGAUUAAUGGUUUUACCAAAUUUUGGGACAAUGGGCUGUAAAAAUCUCAAAUUAUGAACCUUGUUUAAGUUUUCAUGAAAAAUAUGCUUAUUGCAAAUU